CUCCCUCUCUCCACGGAGCUCGGCGGUCGCCGCGUUGCCCCAGCCGGGCUCGGCUCCGGAGACCGCGGGCGACGGACAAAGUUUGGCCCGAGUCGCCGCUCCGGAAGAUUUCACCGUGAUGCUGCCAGUUCCCACGAGGCUUUAACCCCGUAACAAUGAUCAACAAUCACUACAACAGCUCCCUGGGUAUCGGCACAAGCAGCUCGAUCCACACUCACCCUCUCACCCUGGAGCAGAAAGCCGCCUUUGCCUUUGUCGGCAUCUUGUUCCUUUUCCUGGGCCUGCUCAUUGUGCGCUGUUUCCGAAUCCUCUUGGACCCUUACAGCAGCAUGCCCUCCUCCACCUGGGCCAAUGGCAUGGACGGGUUGGAGAAAGGCACCUUUGAGUAUGUGUUGGCGUGAAUUGGACCGAUGGAGAGACAGACGUGCCGCGGUGCUCACACCACCUCCCGGAGCGAGGACGCUCCUCGUCCAUCCGUCGAAUCGCACCCGACUCUUAAUGGGGGCACAGCGGGUUCAGCUGCUGCCUCACAGCGCCAGAGACCUGGGUUCAAUCCUGACCUCGAGUGCUGUCUGUACGGAGU